AAAAGAAACAAGUUUUUAAGUUUAAAUUGAUAAGACCCAAUUCACCCCCCCUCUUGGGUAGCUAGCUAGGAUUACAAAGAGAAAGGUGUGUUACUUCUUUUCCCUCUCCAAUCCUCUUAUAUUUCAGAUGAAGAUGGCUAAGAAGAUUAAAAAUAUUAUUGCCUCUGUGGAUGAUAUUAACAAGAAGGCCCAAGAUUUUGGACUUCAACCUAUACUUGUUGGCCAAGGUGUGGAACAGAGGCGAGGAAACCCACAGACUACCUCCUUUUGUGAUGUGUCACAAGUUGUAGGAAGAGAUGAUGAUGUCUCCAGAGUAGUAGAGUUGUUAAAAGACUCUACUAAUCAACUACCCCUUUGUGUCAUAUCUAUUGUAGAUACUAUCAUUCAAAAGAUACGAAAUGAGUUGGCAGGGAAAAACUAUCUUUUCAUAUUAGAUGACGUGUGGAACUUGGAAAGCCAAAAGUGGGAAGAAUUAAGGAGGGGUCUACUAAGAAUGGGUAACAAUUCGAGGAGUCGGAUUGUUGUGACUACUCAAGUUGAAAGGGUAGCAUCAACAAUGGGAACAUUUCCUGAACACAAGCAUUAUCUCAAGAAGCUGGAGGAUGGUGAAUGUUUGUCUAUAAUCAAGCAAAGGGCAUUUGGGGACUCUCCAAUACCUUCAGAGUUGGAAGCCAUUGGAUGGGAAAUUGCUCAAAAAGGCAAAGGUGUGCCUUUAGUUGCAAAUGUUAUUGGGGGAAUCUUGCGUAAUAACAUGAGUAAAGUGAAAGAAGGAAUUGGCUAUUUAAUCAACUUGAGGCAUAUUCACUUCAGUGACAGAGAUACCAUGCCUGCAAACAUUGGGAGUCUAACUAGUCUUCAAAUGUUGGGAUCCUUCUAUGUGAGUACAAGAAAGGGCCUUAAAAUUGAAGAAUUGGGCAGCUUAAGCAGACUCAAGGGAAGUUUGGAUAUCUUGAAUCCCGAGCUUGUUAAAGACAAAUCAGAAGCAAAGCCAGCAAAAUUACAUGAGAAGGCAGUUGACAAGUUGGAAUUAAGGUGGGAACACGACCGGAGUGCAUUAGAAUUAGAAGGCAAUCAUGAUGAAGAGGUUUUGGAAGGCCUCCGACCUCACCCAAAUCUGCAGAGAUUAGUAAUUGAUUGUUAUGGAGGUACAAACCUGCCAUCAUGGAUGUUGAGUAGCAAUGAAUUGUUCUCACCCAACAAUUUCAAUUUGGUGAAGCUGAGCAUUCAAAGUUGCAGAAAGCUAAAUGGCAUUCUAGUGAUCAGCGGGCUUUCAUCUCUUAAGCAGCUUAAAAUUUGGGAUUGUAGGGAAUUAACUAGUGUUGUUGAUGGAGCAUUUGAAAAAAUUUCCCUUGAACAAAUAAAAAUAUUGGAUUGUCCUAAGUUGGAGAGUCUUGGAGCCACGUACCUUCCUCUUGGCUUGAAGGAAUUGUGUAUUGGUGGUUUCUCAAAAAAGCUGGAGGAAUCCCCAGAUUUCAACUUUGUUCUGCCCAUCCACGCCUCCCUUGAAAAGUUGAGUUUGGUCAAUUGGAAAAAACUAACUCAGCUUCCACAUCAAAUUCAACACCUCACUGCUUUAAAGGAAUUGGAAAUUCGAAGAUUUAGCAAAUUGGAUGCUUUACCGGAGUGGCUGGGAAAUUUAUCCUCUCUUGAAAGUCUUGUGAUUGACUAUUGCCAGAAUCUGAAAUGUUUGCUUCUGCAAAAGCCAUUCCUCGCCUCAACAAAUUGAUAGAGCUCAAAAGUGAAGAUUGCCCUCGGCGUAGAAUUCAAGUUCCAAAGAACCUGAGAUUAUUUGACACCGUCUCUCUGGAGACUUUUACUAGGAAAAUAGGAUUUGUUUUCAAUCUUCUUCUCCUUCUUUAUUUGUAGCAUUGUAUUUCCUGGACUUAUGUUAUGGUGAGGAUAUUGUCUUUGUACCAUUGUUUGUUUUAAUUUCUACGAGAGAAUGCAAAACACUUACUGGGUUUUGUAAAUGUUGAUUUAGCUAAGAUAUCUGUUGUAAGAGUCCGUAGAUAUGUGUAU